AUGGUAUCGCAACCUUCCAUCGCAAUAAUCGGAGCGGGGCCAAGUGGCCUCGUAUUCGCACGGCUCUUAGAAUUGGGUGGCAUCACUGACUAUAUUAUCUACGAGCGCGAUGAUUCGGCUACAUCAGGCCCCUGGCAGCAAGGAGGAACUCUUGAUUUGCAUGGGCCUUCUGGGCAGCUGGCCCUGAAGCGUGCCGGCCUAUUUGACAAGUUCAGCAAGGAUCUCGCCCGCUGGGAGGCAUCUGGCUUGCGUAUCGUCGACUCAACGGGGAAAACAAUUGGCCAAAUGGGCGAGGGUCAUGAUGCCCCUGAGAUUGACCGUCUCCAGCUGCGCCAGCUUCUUCUCGGCUCGCUGCCCGCGCAUAAGAUCCGUUGGGAUCAUGCUGUCAGGACCGUUGAGAGGAAGGCAGAUGGCCGCAUCGCGUCUGGUGAUAACGGCUGUGUUAUUCACUUUGCUAAUGGCACUUCGGCGACCGGGUUUCGGCUUAUUAUUGGUGCUGAUGGGGCUUGGAGUAAGGUGCGCCCUCUGUUCACCUCAGCAAAGCCGGUAUACUCAGGAAAAAUGUUCAUCGAAGGGAGCCUGUCGCAUAGCAAUCCCAGCUACACGAUAGCUACCGAGAUGGCGGGCCCGGGAAACAUGGCAGCCUUGGGCAACGGGGUCAAGAUGGCAGUGCAGCAGGUCUCCAAUGGCACUUAUCGCGUGUACUUUGGGUUACCUGUACCUGAAGACUUUUACCACCACCGUCAACGCAGUACUAUCACUGAUACCGACACCACUAGCAAAACUGAGGUUAUCCGACAGCUCCUCUUGUCGUCCAACGAUAUCUACGCCACAUGGGCACCGAAACUCAAAGCUCUGGUCGAGACUGCUGAGGGCCCGUUCCGUGCUUGGCCGUUGUACCGCAUGGAACCUGGGUCAGUUGGUUGGGCCCGCACCGUGGCUCCUGGCGUAACAUUACUGGGGGAUGCGGCGCACCUUUCGACCCCUUUCGCUGGCGAAGGCGUUAACUGCAGCAUGUACGAUGCAGUUGUGCUAGCCGACCAUAUUAUCGAGCAAUGCGAUGGCGAUGUGAGCCUUGUCAAUAUGGAAGAUACUGCGUUGGAAAGGGCCCUGACCGCGUAUGAAGAAGACAUGUUUCUGCGCGGUCGGGACCUGAUUCGGUGUAGUACGAAGAGCGAGAUCAUGCUCUUUGCCCAGAACGCUGCUGCGUUGGUUUCCCAAAUUGCUCAGUUAGACUGA